CUCGGGCGGUUCUUCGCUGCGUGGACGCUCGUGUUUCUUUCACUUCUCUCCCUGUGCCUGAACUCCGGAUCUACCCUUCUCCUUUUAUGCGUUUCCCCUCCUGCUUCUUUCCCUUAUCCCACCUCCUCGGGUUGCGCCCCUUUCCGUGUCUCUCUUCCCGUCUGUUCAGGUGCUGAUUUUCCUAACUUUGGUUUUCCCGUUCUCUUGGGAGUCUUGUCCGCCUGUCCAUCCUGCUGAUUUUCGGACCGCAUUCCUCCACGUUCCUAAUUUCCGAAUAACCUGGCUCUGUUUCCAACCCCCCCCCCCACCCCCUUCUUCACUUUCUUUCCAAGACGCCGCCGUAGUAUUUCUAUCCCUUUGGCCCUUUCCACCCUCUGCGUGCAUAUCCCUCCCCGAUUUCACCUCAAUUCAUCAGUGUCAUCUGGGCUCCACUCUGUCCUCCUCACCUGCCUUCUCCGUGUUUCGCGGUUUCCCUCCCACCCUUUCCUGUUGUCCCCUUUUCUCUGUGCCUCGCGCCCCUGUCUCCUUCCCCCGCCCCACAAAGAGCCACGUCCCUGCGCCCUAGGCGUCAUUUUCCUGCUUCCCCUAUUGUGCUCUCGCUGCUGGUCCUCUGACUCCCUGCAACGUUCCAGUUUGCUCCUCCUCUGCAUGGUUUCUCUUUUGUAGGGGUAGCAUACCCUCUGACCACCUCUUCGUCCCCCCCCCAAAGAUUUCAUUCCACCCUUUUCUGUUUGUGUCUCCACUUGUGCUUCAGACUUUUGGAUCCUGUCAUUUUGCAUUCCAGGCUGGUGUGUGCCAUCUUCUCUGAGUGGCCCAGUCCUUUUGUGUGAUCCUUUGUCAGCCUUCAUUCCCCCGUCCUGUGUCCCAUCUUUUCCGUGGGUCUCAGCCCCUUUGUUUGCUAUAGACUCCUGCGUUACAGAGCCUGUGUGCCAGGCAUUCUGGACAGAAAAGGGUGGCAGAGGUGACCUCUAGCUGGACUGCUGUGCAGGGGAGCAGUACUAGACAAAGUUGGACAGAAACAGUGACCCAGAGGUGGGUGAACAGAGAAUUCAGAAACUGACGAGAACUGAGCUUGAUACCUGGAUUGAACUUGGUUCCAGACUGACCUCUAGCAUCCAGGACCCCGACCCAGGACCAUGGGACCCCAGCACUUCAGCCCUGUGCAGCUGCUCUGCCUCCUAGGGGCCAUCUCCACUGUGCCUUGGGCCACGGCUCUUUUAUGCUACGAAGCAACAUCUUCACUCUUCAGAGCUGUUUCUCUCCAUGACUGGAAAUGGCUUCUGAUGAGGAGCAUGGUAUGUAAGCUGAGUGAGGGCUGUGAGGAGACGCUGGUGUUCAUCGAGACAGGUGAAGGGACCAGAAGGGGAGUUGUGGGUUUUAAGGGCUGCAGCCCAGCCUCAUCUUACCCCCAGCAAGUCUCCUACCUCGUUUCGCCACCUGGAUUGUCCAUCGCUUCCUAUAGCCGCGUCUGUCGAACAUACCUCUGCAAUAACCUUACCAACUUGGAUCCUUUUGUGAAACUCAAGGCCAGAGCUCCUAAGUCUACAGCAUUUUCUUCCCAUAGCUGCCCGACCUGUGUGGGAGAGCACUCUAAGGAUUGCCUCCCAAAUUUUGUCACCACUGAUUCUUGCCCCUACGACGCCUCUCAGUGUUACAGUUCCACCUUAAAAUUUCAGGCCGGCCUUCUCAAUACCACCUUCCUCCUCUUGGGCUGUGCUCGUGGACAUCAGAAACUUUUAGCAGAUUAUCACCAUAUUGGGAACAUCAGAGUGACUGAGGUCCUCAACAUCUUAGAGAAGGCCCAGAGAGCUGGUGCAGAGCCCUCCAGUCGGAGUCCUGCUUGGAGCAUCCUCUCAGGUCUUCUGCUGGCCUUCAGGGACUGACAGUCUAGCUGGACUGGACAAACCCCUUUCCGUAACCCAGUAAAGUCACAGAGUUGCCUUUC